AUGGCUGCAGUGAAGAUGUCGUCCCAACUGGACCAGUCCACCGUGCAGGGGUUGGCCAACCCCACAACCUUAGCUGCAGGAGACGAUGGGGCGAGGUCACCUAAGCAGCAGGAGGAGCAGCAGCACCAGCCCCGCAUGUCGUUGUCGACGACGAACAGAGGUCCUCUCCUGGUGAGGGUAUCGAACCACUACCAGAACGUCAACACGACGCACGGCACGACCGACUUGUCUACAUACCCGUGGGAGCACGUCGCAGAGCCGUACCAAGCAACAAGGCUGGAGCUCACAAGCGUACCGGAGGGAGUCAGAGGCGGGUCGCACAUCAAAUGGACGAUCGAGGGCGAGACGGCCGCGGAGGGUGAAGACAAGUUUUUUUUCAACACGGUGGCGUUCACAACCCCAGGGAAGUACAAGUGCGUCGUCUCGGUGCAGAACCCGAGCACGAUCAGCACGGCGGCGGCAAGGACAUCCGUCCCCGAGCAUGAGACCGCCGCCGCCGCUGGCGGCCAUGGCGUCGUGGCGGCAUCCGACUCCAUCAUCUCGUACGCUGCCGUGGCCGCCACCACCAGUACCGCCGGCGAGAUCUUCGAGUACGAGUUCGCGGUGACGGUGAAGUACGUGCGCCGGGAGAUCCGGUCCCUGACGGAUCGCGACAGGGAGACUUUUUUCAACGCGGUGGCCGUGCUGCAGCGGGUGCCGAGCGCCGUCGGCCGUGCCGUGUACGGCGACAAGUACUACAGCAAGGACUACUUCAACCGGAUGCACCUGUACUACGGCGGAGCCCGGGACUGCGACCACUGGCACGCGGGCGCAGGCUUCGUGACCUCGCACAUCGCCAUCACUCUCAUGUACGAGCAGGCGUUGCAGGCGGUGAACCCGUCCAUCGCGCUGCCCUACUGGGACGUGACGAUCGAGGGGACCUACUACGACUGGAACGACUUCCGCACGAGCUCGGUCUUCUCAGACGAUUGGUUCGGCGAUGCCGCUCCUGGAAACACUGCUAGAACGCCGACCCAGGGGAGGUUCGCGUACGUCCCCGUUAUGACCGACGCUCGCGAGUACUCCGCGCAGUACAACUCCUACGGGCUGCUUCGGUCCGCGUGGAACAACGACCGCAACCCCUACCUCACUCGCCACGACCACCAGUUGGGCAUGAUGAACAACAAGAAGCCUUCGGGCUGCCGGCGCUACCGCGACGCCUACGUCGCGGAGGACUGGAUGAAGCUCACGGAAGCCUUCAAUGGCGGCGCUCACGGCAACAUCCACGGGCUGUUGGGUGGGACGUGGUCUCCCGAGGCGGACGAGUACGCCGCGGUCACGCCGUACAUCGUGAUCCCCUUCGUUCACCACGCAUACAUCUCGCAGAAGAUCUUGUGGCGGGAGAAUGCCAUCGAAUGCCCAGAGAGCUGCACGUUCGAUCAGGGUUGGAAAGACUGCCAGUGCAAAUGCAGCGAGUCACUCAUGGAAGGGAGGUCAGCGGCCGAGGGGCACUACUACGAAGAGAUCCCCAACUACUCCGCCGAGGAGUCCACGGCGAUUUACGAGGGGUUGAAGGACGCGCUGUGCAUCCCGACAAAAGUCGGUAGCCAUUUCGAAGCCACGAGCACCAACGACGUGACCUUCUGGGUGCUUCACCCUACCUUCGACAGGCUCUGGCACCUCUCCCGCCUGGAACAAAACCCGGUCUUCAACGAGACUUGGAUAUCGGACUCCACCUGCGUCGGCCACAACGCGGACGACGUCCAGCCCUUCCACGAUCUGUUCCUGGAAGAGCACGAGGGAGAGCCUGAUGUGGUCGGGUCGGCGGGGGGCGAAGGUGUGGGUCCCCUCAAGGGGUACUACACAAACGCGGAGCUGUAUGACCUGCUUCACCCGGCGGGCAUGCAACUUCCGUACAUGUACGACAACUUCGCGUGGCCGCACUGCGACGCCCAAGGAGUUUACAUCAACUGACGAAGUCGGAGGUGAUCCUGAUGGUCUUCAGGCUGCACCGGAGUUCGUCGCCGAUGGCGGCGUUAUGGCAUCGCAACGGACGUUCUUGGUUGUUGGGACUUCUUUACAAGUCGGCGUAUAAAGGUCGAGGACUGCUGCUGCUUUUGUCGGUUGGUGCUGCUCACUUUAUAUGCAUACAGCGUAGCCGGUUAGGGAGCAUCUACCGCUGCUCAAUGCCGCAGGGAGCUUCACGCGUUCUGGACAACGUCUGGGUCAGGGCGAGCUGUGGGUUACUUCGUUGCCAGCAAGUCUCUCCGCCCGGCUGUAUCAAACAAUCACUCACGGGCAUGUAGUUCAGGCGGAAAGCUUGUGUUUAAUUCGACGAGGGACCCGGUUCGGUCAUCUCAUAUGUCCAAACUGGAGUGAAGGCGAUGGCGGCGGCAUGCGAGUAACGCUGCGUCGACAGCAAUGUUUCGCUCGCUCCCAAAGCUGGGUAGCAUGCAUAGGCAAAAACGAUUAUUGCCGGGGAAAGUACCUAUGGAACCGGAGGCGGUUUAAGAAGACCGGCGGCGCGUGCGACCGGGAAAGGAGGCAUGGUCGAUGCAGUAGGGGGAUUUAAAGGCGCUUGGUCCGUCUCGGAAGGGUGUGUUGUGCCAUCGCGGCAUGAUGCUUGGGCAGAGACGGGAGUCCUGAGCGCCCACCCACCGGGCUGGCAGCGAGCCCUAGUCUACGUAGUGUACAUGUUGCCUUUCUUUGCGCCGUAUGCCUGUGUAGAUGGGGAGGGAGGGGGGGGUGCGUUCGUACAUGCACUUGGCCUGCAUGCUGAACAGCGGGCGGGUAAACGGGAGGCCGUGGAAUGGAUUUGAUUGGAGAGGAUGUUUCGUUUUCAAGCGCAUAGGCGGCCCUCUCAUGGUGAAUGUCCGGUCGGGGGCACCGGAGACUGUUCCAGGUAGACAUCGUCUGUAGUCUACUCCGAAUGUUUUGGGAAGAGAGGAAACCGUCUUCCACAGAGGUUGGCACGGUUUUUGGUCCCGUUUAUGAGGUUGAUAUAUCGAUUAUUUUUGCAGUGUGAUGACUCAUGUCCGUCUCGGUCAGUGUCUCUAACUUUUCGUUCUUUCCUCGUUGUGAUUUUGUAUUCAACGCAUGCAUUAUACAGCAGCGUUCAUGGUAAACAUAUUCAGGUAUCAAGUCGUCCCUCGGUUAAGGAUACACAUGGUUUUUCGGUAAGAAAGGUGGCCUGAAGCCGGCGAAGUGUCCGUAAGGUUGAUACCCCUCCUUGUGUCGUAUUUUCAAGUUAUCCCUCACCGCGGGAAUGUCCUGGAAGAAUAGUGUCCUUAACUGAGGUUAGGGUUAGGGUUAGGGUUUGCGGGAUGACUGCUGUACAGUAGUCUUGACCUUGAAAUUGUAUUUGCCGUCCUUAAGCGCAUGUUGUACGGCGCAGUGCACGUUUGAUUGUGGAGGUGGUCCUGAAGUUUCCGAGGUUUUGCUCCGUCUCUCUCAUGUUUGGGCGUGCGUGCGUGCGUGAAACCCCGACGGAAUGAUACGUAUCAGGGUGCCCUUACUACUUCGGUCGGGAAACGGCUGUGUGCAUAAGUGAGCAGCUGACUGGGAUUAGUAUCGGUGUACACUUCUGUUCGUCUGGGGGAUUGAUAUAUGUUUCCCUCUACAUUUGUUUGUCUUGGUCGUUGUUGCUGGUGUGGCUUAGCAAGAAAAUGCGGUUCCUUCCGAUCUCUUCCCAGUGAUGUCAUCCGCACGGGUCCGACCAAUGCGAAUGCCUGUCGUAGUCACAACGUACAACUACCCAAUAGAAGGCCAUACACCAUCGGUGUAAUUCUGAAGUCAAAGGGACCCAGAACAUAAUAACUAUUUUGCGCCAUUUGCACAAUGCAUUUGCACAAUGCCCAAAAGACGGAACAGCAAGGCCCGAGACAGCCAGGCGUCGCAGGCGAAAUGUCGGACAAAGAGUUGGUUCUGCCAAUGU